AUGAAUGCUCUUCUGCUUUUCGUCACAUUAUUAUCAUUCGUCCCCUUUGCCUUCUCAUCAACACUAGAGCUUCCCACUUCGUCACCUGCUGUGCUCGACAUUGAAGGCCAGGAGGUGAAAUGCGGCGUGCCCUACUACGUUUUCUCCAGCGCUUUCAUAUUCCAGAUGGGGCUAUGCCUAUCCGACGUCAAGAAUCAAACUACAGGCUGUCCCCAUGACGUGGUGCAGUGUAGCAUUAAUCUCAACAAACCUAAAAACCUCGGCAUGCCCAUCAUCCUUAAAUCCGUCAACGCCACCACGGAUCCCGUCGUCAGGGAAAACGCCCCUCACCUCUUCCGGUUUCCGGUCAUUGGAUUAACGUGUAUCCACGAUGUGGUUUGGUAUUUAAAGGACGCCCUUACCUUCUGGAAAAUCGUCACAACAGACCCAGCGGCCGCCCCCGGCCCCGCGGCUGCAUUCCAGAUCCAGAGAGAUGGGCCCGGGUAUAAGAUCGCUUAUUGUGCAUCAAUUCCACCGCCCAUCAGUACUUCCGUUUGCUUUGGCCUUGGGUUCUUACAGGAUGGUUUGAACAGGCGUUUGGGUGUGGGGCUGGGCGUUGACUCCGCCCAGUUUUUCUUCACCAGGAAUGCCUCUGCCGUCGAGAAUCUUGCCACCUCCUUGCUGGCUAGCUACUAG